ACUGCUUGUGGUCGAAAAGCAAAAAACAUUAUCAAACAAAAAAUUUCCUCAUUUUCAAGGGCGGCUGAUACAUUUUUGGCCAUCAUUUGUAGGAUAUUCCCAAAAUAUAUAUUUAUAAGUUAAAGUGCUUUUUAAAUUACACUUCCUAUACAUUAUUUUUCAAACAAACACCAAAUUAAAAUGACUAGAGCCAGUAUCGAAUUGGGUUUUGUUACUCCCCACAAUAUAAAGCAAUUGAAAAAGCUGAAUACAGUAGUUUUUCCCGUUUCCUAUAAUGACAAAUUCUAUGUGGAUGUUUUGGAAGCCGGCGAAUUAGCCAAAUUAGCUUACUACAAUGAUAUUGUUGUGGGUGCUGUAUGCUGCCGCAUCGAUACUUCCGAAAAUCAGAGACGUUUGUAUAUCAUGACUUUGGGCUGUUUAUCGCCAUACCGUAGACUAGGCAUUGGAACCGUUAUGUUCCAGCAUAUAUUAAAUUAUGUAGAAAAGGAUGGUAAUUUUGAUAGUAUUUUUUUGCAUGUCCAAGUUAACAAUGAAGGUGCUAUAGAAUUUUACAAGAAAUUUGGUUUUGAAAUUGUUGAAACCAAAGAACACUACUAUAAACGCAUCGAACCAGCAGAUGCCCAUGUUUUACAAAAGAAUCUACGUCUAAACACACCUGCAUCGCAUCAUCAAUGUAAUGGGCAAUCGGAGAAGCGUGAUAAGAAAACUGCCUAAUGUUAUUGUUGUACAAUUACUUAACUUACGCUCGUACGUUUGCUAGCGAACGUCCUUUAUUGGGAUUAUAUACAUAAUACUAAUUAUAUUAAUUCAUUUUUUAAAGUAGUUUCCAAAAUUUUUGUAUGUUUACUCGGUUGUAUAUAUGGAUUUAUGUGGACUUGUUUUAAAUUGCAUAUGUAAGCAGAGAAAAUAUACUAAACUAAAUAAUAAUUUAAAUAGACUAUAAAACCAAUAUAAUUUUCAUAGAAAUGUUUCAUUUACUAUUAAUUAUAAUUCAAUAUUUAUGUUAAAUCAUCUUGUAUUCGAAAUAAAAUCAAUAUAAUUCAUAAAA